AUUACACCACCUCCCUCACUGUCGGAUCCACUUAAGGAACUAUUUAAACAACAGGAGGUUGUAAGGAUGAAACUACGUUUACAGCACAGUAUUGAAAGGGAAAAGCUUAUUGUUUCUAACGAACAAGAAGUUCUACGUGUUCAUUAUCGAGCAGCAAGAACGCUAGCUAAUCAAACACUACCAUUCAGUGCCUGCACUGUUCUGCUGGAUGCCGAGGUUUAUAAUGUGCCUCUGGAUGCUCAGCCCGAUGACAGCAAAACGUCGGUGAGGGAUCGAUUUAAUGCAAGACAGUUUAUGUCGUGGUUACAGGAUGUGGAUGAUAAGUUUGACAAAUUAAAGACGUGCCUUUUGAUGAGGCAGCAGCAUGAAGCAGCAGCUUUAAAUGCGGUACAGAGACUGGAGUGGCAGCUUAAACUACAGGAACUUGAUCCUGCUACAUACAAAUCUAUCAGCAUUUAUGAAAUUCAGGAGUUUUAUGUUCCUCUUGUUGAUGUUAAUGAUGACUUUGAAUUGACACCAAUAUGACAACUAGCAUCUCCUGGCUCACCCUCUCCCUUGGACAACUAGAGAUUGAGGUGCAGUGAUGCACAAAGGUAUUUUUCUUUUAAGACAGAGUACUUAAUUCUGUGGAAUACUACCUUUCUCAAUAAUUCAGGUGUUCCUUGAGAGAAGUGUGGCACGGGCUCUUGUUCAAACACAGAAGAUGGAUGCUAAUUUUAAAGUCGGUCUGCCAGUAAAUGCCAUUAUCUGUAUUUUAAAAAUGCCUGUAGCUUUAGAGCUUAUUGCUGAAAAAGAUGACAAAACAUGGUGAGUUAAUAGCGCUGGAAGCUGUUAAUAACUAAAACGGCCACCAAAAAACAAAUGACAUUUACCAUCUGCUAUAAAGCUUUGUAUUAUG